AUGGAUCUAUGUGGAGCUCCGACGCUGCGUCUCUCAUCGCCUAAUUUCAAAACCUUAUAUUUGGUAAGGCAUGCACAAGGAAUUCACAAUGUGGAAUUAGAAGAGAAAGGAGAAAGUCCUUUAUCACCCAAACUUUUUGAUGCCCGACUCUCUCCAAAGGGUCUCCAACAGGCUUCUGAACGGCGCAAGCAAAUCAUUGAAGCAGGAUUACUGAACACUAUCGAGUUAGUGAUUACUUCUCCGCUACGCAGGGCAAUGCAAACUUCAACUGGAAUAUUUAGGGGACAAGUAGAUGUGAAUCAAUCCGACGACUUUCCAAAAGUUAACAACUCCCCUCCAAUUGUAGCACUUGAGAUUUGUAGAGAACGCAUGGGACGAUAUCCGUGUGAUCGUAGAGAAAGUAUAAGUGCUCACCGAACUUGUUUCACAGAGAUCGACUUUACAAUGAUAGAGAAUGAUGAAGAUGCUCUAUGGCAAGCCGAUGAAAGAGAAAAUCUAGAAGAUGUUGCUUCUAGAGGUCUUCACUUUCUUAAAUGGUUAUGGGAGAGGCCAGAGAAAGAAAUUGCAAUCGUAAGCCACGGGAUAUUCUUGCAACAAACACUUUGUGCACUGCAUGAAAAAGUUGGCAUACCUCUUGAAGAUAGUUUACUUACAAGGUUUGCCAAUUGUGAACUCCGGACGAUUCGAAUAGAGAAGAGUGACAUGGAAGAAUAUACAUUAACAACUUGUAUUUGUAAUUGUAGAAAAUACGUUACUCCACCUUCGACUUCUCUUCACACAUUUGAAUAG